UCGAACGCGACGCUUGGCCACCUCCGGCCGUGACGCAGUUCGUCGCUUGGAAACGAUCCUUUCGAUCUCUAAACCGUGUCAUACAACCAGAACAGACCGAAAACUUCCGACAAGACGUGCAGAAUAAUUCGUUCCGUGAAUCAUGACCGUGGAACGGGUUAAGAGAACCGUCCCGGGUUCAGAUUGCAGAAGCUUUCGUAAAGAGAACUCGCGAUUCGGUUGUCGAUGAUGAAUCACCGCUGAAGACGAGUAAUUAAUCGAGAUGCGCACGGCUCUGCGACGAGCACCCGACAACGACGAAAAUAAAAUUUCGCACGAUCGCUCUCUCGCGAGAGGGAAAAAAUAAUUCCGAACGAAGAGGCGGAGAAAAAGCGGGAAAUAAAUUCUCUGAGGGGAUUGAUGGGUAACGCGUCGGUAUAAUUAGAAUCGGCAGCCAGUGCGGAUUCGCAGUGGAGCGGUUAGUAGAAUAAAUUUUCUGACAGAUUAAACCGUGCCGUCGCAGUAAUUUUCCCGUUAGAGGAGGAACAAUGGUAGGUACUCGCGAUUUUAUCGGUGAUCUUGGACUUCCCGCGGCGUGAACAUCGAAUCAAGAGUUUCGGCAGUUCCGAAAAAUAAUACGGGCCCCGAUGCGACGAGCCAGAGUAACGCGCGACCGAUCGUCAAGAUUCGGGAUAGGGGUCUAAAUCGAUUAUGGCAGGUAUCCUGAGUCGGAUAACAUCGCGGGAAACUUCGUGGUAAAUGUAAUUAUCUUCAUCGUUGUAAUUGUCGCGUGAGAAAUUGUCUGCGGAUACGGUUAACGCGACUCCGGCAAUAAUCCGUCGAUGGUCUACGAUAGCCGGACGACCGGUGUGGGGCAACUGCAACAGACGUCCUAUGUAUACGACGUGUUACACGAUGGAAUCCCCCGUGUAAUGACUCGUAAUUGCGCGAAGGAGGGGUCAACGUCGUGCUGGAACGUUUUAAGGAAUACCUAACGCCACUUUCUCACCCCCUCCCCCGACAGUUUGGUUAUAAUGAUUAGGUGCACGCGACUUCAAGAAUUACGCGGCUGAAGUGUGGUGAGACGAGGAUAGGGGUUGACGGUGGACGUAUACGAAUACCAAACGCCAUCUUCACGGCCAAGAUAGGUUAUCGUCAUCCAUCUGAGCAUCCAUCGGUGUCCCGCGUAAAUUACCGAUCGUGCGUGACGUUGUUGCCGCGAUUCAACUACCGCCGAAGAGGAUUCAGAGAGAUUUAAUUAAGGGAGCAACAUGGACACGUCGCCGACGUUAAGUAUCGGUGGAUCGAGGGCUAGAGCCGCUCUUCUGACUACCAGUGGUACCGGAACCGGAAGUACCGAUAGACGAGUUGUGUUUUUAGCAAGUCAACCGACCGUUGGAAGUACUCACGAGACCAAGACUUGGCCGCACCACUGGUCGCCCCACACGGCCGGCAACAUUUACAAAUCGCCCGAGGAGUCGCCGCAUACGGAGCAUAGCAGACUGAGGAUGUCCAGGGGUCAAGGAGGCUGGUCCGACGAGCCGUGCACAUCGACCGGUGGUCGAAGCGUCAUACGACAGUCGGCCGGACCGUCGUCGAGGACAACACCUCCCAUCAUCGAGGACCGCACAUCCGGCAGCGCGUCCUGUAAAGGAGGAUUCAGGUUAGGCGUCUACGGCUGGAGGGAAAGGUGUUUAUACUCUCUAGUGCUGACUCUCAUGGUCAUAGUGAUCCUGAAUCUGGCACUCACGGUGUGGCUGCUCAAAGUCAUAGGAUUCAGUUCCGAGGGAAUCGGCUCCCUGAAGGUGGUGCCCGGAGGGAUCGAGCUCAGAGGUCAGGCCGCAGUUCUCGAUGCCCUCGUGGCCUCUAGCCUCAGAUCCAGGCGAGGAAAGAAUCUCUUCCUCGAGUCUUGGAGCAACUUCACCGCUUCGGCCAGGUCGCACGAUGGUCGGCUGCUCGCGCGACUGACAGUUGGCGAGGAUCGCGUGGACUGUGUGUCGAGAGGCUUCCGAAUAACUGACCCUCGAGGAGGAAUUCUCUUCUCGGCGGACAGGGAGCAGGUGGAGGUGGGAGCGGAAAUGCUGAGGGUAACUGGCGACGGGGGUGCCGUUUUCCAGGGCAGCGUUCAAACGCCUCUGGUCAGAGGGGAAUCGGGCCGUGGUCUCAGACUCGAGUCGGCGACCAGAUCCCUGAAGAUCAGCGCGCCUCAGCACGUGGUGAUAGAAUCCUGGGCCAACGAAAUAUCGGCAUCCAGUCUGACAGAUCUCAAGCUCCAAAGCGUCCACGGUGCCAUCAGACUGGACGCAAAAACGGUGGUCAUGAAGGGCUUGAAAAUGGCGAAUCCCAGCCAAGGACACUCGUCGAGAGACCAGCAGCAGCAACAACAACAACAACAGCAAUACUCUUCCAGGGUGUCUUCCCAUCAGAACCAGAGAGAGACGGCUAGCUAUCAGUUGUGCGCCUGUGCCAACGGCAAACUAUUUCGCGCCAGACCCGAGGGUACUUGUCAAGCCGACAAAUCGAUUUGCUAAUACGUCGAGAUUUCUACUGAAACGCAAACAGGCCGACACUCGCGGAUUCUCAAGGUCGGCCAGCGUCGACAAGUCGAAGACAAGUUUUUCCGUGAAACGCGCAACGAUAACGGACGAAUCCCACCGCAUUGAACUGGGGAGAAACUGUGUCGCGGGAAAUCAUAGAUAUUCGAGCAGGUGACGGUGUACGGUAGUCAAAGUCCCGAGAUCGCCCGAGGCCUUUCGCUUUUCGCUGGUGUUUCCUUUCUAGAGCAGCGCAGCGCUGUUCCUUCGCGCAGAGCCAUGUUCGCUCCGUUGGAGCGCUGGACCUAAUCGAGGAACUGUACGCUCUCGUGCUGGUAGUAGGCGUCUCGUCGAAGGACACUCGAAACUCUGGCCAAGUUGACCCGGGGAACGCGAUUCCCCGAGGCUAGCCGCGAGUCGCAUGUAUGUAUGUGUACGUAGCAUUGUCGACGGCGCCACUCCGUGAUGUAUAUCUUGUAUAUCAAUAAAAGUGCCCGAUUAUAUCGGUAGGCAACGGAUGAUAAUCGAAUCAUCACCUCGUUCCUGUCUGUCCCUGCUCGUUAGGCCGAGUCCGUUUCCCCGUCCCUGGUUUCUUUGCGCAAACGUUCGCGUGGCCAGUCGAUAGGCAACGAUUUGCAGUUCCUUUGAGCCCAAAAACGAAAGAUAGAGCGUGUUGUCGGACGGAACCUAAAGGAAAUACGAGAAAGAGUGCCCGUGCGUACAAAGCCUCUUGCGAGCUGACUGUAAUCGAGGUGGGCGUAAUUGGCUUUCCACGGUCAACUUAUUCUACAGCCACGGAUAUAGUUUCUGGCAACGAUGCCUUUUCGCUCGGUUCCGGUACGCCGAUUAGAGAAGCAUCGCGAUUAGAGGAACGUUUAUUUUGAAGUGUGUUUUACGGUAAUGGGUGAAGCGUGUGUAGUUACUGUAAAGGAUCAGGUUGUGAUCCAGCUUGUACGCUGUACAUCGGCCAUGUCCAUCUAUUUAUGUAUGUGGCAAUAAAGUCGUUAUUGUUACUAUUAUUAUUAA